UUAAAAUUUAUCAAGGAAAUAAAGUUGUUAAUAAAUCUAUCUGAAACUUUGUGCUAUGAGUAAAUUAGAAGAUAUAUUGGCAAAGAAGAAAACGGUUGUUCCUGUACUUGAUCUGAGUAAGAACAUCGCUCAGACCAAAGAAGAAUUUAAACGACUAAUGGAGAAAGUGCCCGAUUAUAAAAUGCGUCCAAUCAAAGUACGUGCCGAUGAAAUAAAGAUUAAAGAGAAAGAUUUCUCUUUCAAGAUUUCGAAGAGAGAGGUCAGAAAACUAUCGAAGCAUAAUGGCGAACGGGAACCGAUUUAUACAUACGCAGAUCCUAUACCGUCCGAAAUGAAGGAUGUACCUAUAAUGGACUUGUGCUCAGUACCAAUCGACUGGAAGAUGCUUACCACGCUGCGACCGAAGUCUAAGCAGGAAGAAGAGUACUUUAGUCGCAUGACAGAGAUGGCCAAGUUGCAAUUGAAGACCGAAAUGCGCGAUCGCAGAGAUUUCAUUCUUAAUAAUUGCGUUAAAAAGAACAAAAACAAAUCUGGCAUUGUAGAAACUAAAUUGGCAACAUGUGCCGAAUGCGGACAAGAAAUGUGUUGUGGCAAGGCUUGCACGGACUUCAAUUACGAUCUAUUUGUGCGCCUUGAACCAAAAAUCUCAAAGCCAAAACCACCCGUAAAUAACACAAACAAAGGGAAAUUUUCUGGACGGAAAUCACUCACAAAGAAUGGGGGGAAGAAUAAAGUAAACAAGAAAAAAAUCCCUUCUUCAGCCGUGGCUUAAUAUCUUUUAUAAACUAAACGUACUGAAGGCUAAACCUUUAUAAUAGGUUGUCAAAAAAGUCUUGCGGUAUUUUCGCUAGUAAGCGCGUAGUUCUAGUUUCAU